UUCUGUCCUCCUGUCCUCACCUCCUGUCUCGUCUCCUGUCUGUGUCUGUGUUAUUCAUAUUCUGUCUUUCAUCAUGGCUGACAGAAGUCGUGCCUCAGUGAGAAGAAAAGAGCGAAAAGAAAAAGAAGUUGCUGAACCAACCCCAGAUGUGAAGGAGGUGAAGGCAGAAGGAGCGAAGGCUGGUAAUGCAGAGGCUGAAGCCGCGGAUGAAGCUGUAACUAAUGGACAAAAUGGAGAUUAUCAGGUGGAGCCGAUGGAACUACCUCCGUUUGAGAUUAUCACAGGGGACCGGAUAGACCCAUUUGCUUUCAAAUUCCAGUUCAAGAAUGUGGAAUAUUCCUCAGGCCGUAACAAGACGUUUCUUUGUUACCUGGUGGAUAGAGGCAAUACGAUCGAUGGUCUACUGAGGGGCUGUUUGGAGGACGAGCACACCUCGCUUCACGCUGAGGAGGCCUUUUUCACACAGUGCCUGCCUGACUACGAUCCUGCUAUCAAAUACACCAUAACCUGGUACGUCUCCUCCAGCCCCUGCUCUGCUUGUGCAGCAAAGAUCGCUGAAGUAUUGAAGGCCAGGAAAAGCGUUAAACUGAGUAUCUUCGCUGCUCGGCUGUUCGAGUGGGAGGAGCCUGAGAUCCAGGCGGGGCUGAAGGCCCUGCACGCGGCCGGCUGUAAGCUGAGGGUGAUGAAGCCGUUGGACUUCUCCUACAUCUGGGACACGUUUGUGGAGAAUGAGGACCAAGCUCUGAAUCUGUGGGAGGACUGCAAAGAAAACUAUGAGUAUUAUCAGGAAAAGCUGGCUGACAUUCUGCAGUGACCACAGCAUCCAUGAAUCCAGUCCAAACAUUUUGCACUCUGGAUCAUUUAUUUGUGAUUCAUAUUGAUGUGAUGCUUGUUCAGUGAUAGUGCUGCAUAUGCGCAACACAUCAGACAUAGAAGAAAAUCUGUGAGUGUGAGUCCAAAUGUGUCGUCCUUUAGUUUGGGUUUGGAUGUAGUAAUGAGAACAUAGGAACAUCUGGCACUGAAAAAACUGGCACCAAUAAAAGAUAUAACACCUGCACACUGACUCUACAAAACCACAAACAAACAAAUAAAUGGGGUAUAUUUUGUUUGUGGUUUGGGGUCAGUGUACAGAUGCCAGAGCUUUUUUUUUUUACUUGUCAGCUGUUUGUUUUUAGAAUAUUUUAUAAUAUUAAAAGUUAAUAGUUUUACUUUUAGAUUCAACUGGAAAAGAGUUGUAGUUACCCAGAUAUGUCAUGAUGUUUUUAUACAUACACUAGCACAAUGCUUUGGUUUUUUUAUUGACAUAUUCUACAUGCAAACACAAUAAUAAACAGCCAAAUGCCAUCACAAACUGU